AUGAUGGAUCCUACUGUUUUGAAAUAUUCUGAACACUCCAAGCCCUCUGAAUCUGCUACUACUGAAUACUUCUGGAAUUCCAAUUCUGAUACUGAAGACUCUGAAGACUCUGAACAAUCUACGUCCUAUUCUGAUAUUUUUAUGGAAGACGACACUUCAUCUGAGUGUUCCGAGCUAUCUGAAAUUGAUAUCGAUGACGUCAUUUGUGAUUUCGAAGGUGAUGAAUCAGAGCAAAGUUUGGAAGAGAUCCGAGACGAGAUUGACAAGGAUUUUGAGCGAAUUUUAAAAGAAUUGGACGAUUUCGAUGCAGAGUUGCUGGGAAUCAAAGAGGUUUUGGCUUGA